CAUGGCCGCAGAAUUUACCAGUGUAGAUAUAAACAAUUUGGAUUUUAUUUAAAAGUGUACCCACGUGAUUUAGAAAUUGUUUAUACACGAAAUUCAAAAAUUGUACAACCCCCAAACUGGAGAAUGAACAAUCUCACUGAAACUAGCGGAAACGAAGAGACUGAGAAGCAGUACGCCUGCAAAUUUUGCUCGAAAAAAUACAAGUUGCCCACCCGACUGCAUGCACAUGAAAAAUUGUGUCUUUCGCCAGCAUCCCAGGAGAAAUCGUGCAAGACGUGCGGGCAAAGUUUUAAACAACCGAAACGGCUGCAAAAGCACGAACUGAUGCAUACGCUCGAUCACAAAUUCUCGUGCAAGUUUUGCAGUUGGCAUUUCUCAACGAAGCACGAGUUAAACGUCCAUAAGGCAGAUGAACACUCCGAUAAGGUGCAAAGGCGAAGGUGUAAACUGUGCCCCAAUUCGGUCUUCAAUACCAAAGAGGAAUACUUUGUGCAUGUGAACGAAGAGCAUAAGGGACAGUCCAGCGACUACCACAUGUGCAGCGAUUGUGGUAAACAGUUUAAAACGAAAAGCGAGUUGAAUAAUCACAAUAAAUCGCUGUGCGGCACUGUCAAGCAGUUUAAGUGCGAGCAAUGGAGCAAUUUACGACAUUUACUGUAAUGGUCAACACUCAACUGCAAGUGUACAAUCUAAUCUACUAUGAAAUAUGACACUUUCUAUACAAUGUGUAAAAGAUAAUCCGCUUAAUUCGAAGAAAUGAUAAAACAAAAGGCGUAAAAAUUAGGAAAGAGAGGUUUUAAUUUUGAUAUCUAGAAAUUGAAAUUAUAAAGGCUCUCCGGUGUGAGUUGUUUCUUCAACACGGAAGACAACUUGCAUCUUAUUCUUACCAGACCACAUCUGCUCUACAAUUUAACCAGUAACCAGCAAUGCAAUGAAAGGUAGAUCGGCAAAGAUUGUACUUUUUUGCGUUUUUUACCGCUGGUGCUAUUGUUUUGCGUGUUCUCCGCCGGUCAGGAACUACUUUUGCCGUGUUCAACUACUUUUACGGGAAUGAUCCUAAACUUUUACAUGCAAUAACCAAUAGAAUCUAUUAGUGGUUACGUCAUAUAAUAGCCCACGAAAUUCGAAUUGCAGGACUUGUCUAUUUUACUGUUGGAAAUAUUGACCCCUAUCGGUCUAUCCAUUAAGGAUUACUUUUAAAUAGGUC